CUCAAGUACUCAGAGCGACUUCCUCAUCAUUUUCAUAAACAUGAAGUUCACACGCACCACUAUGAUUAUAGCACUCGCCACUGCCGCCGUGGCUCGUAAUUGCACGCCUGGCCUGAAAUACUGCGGCCGUACCCUCCUCGAUAUCGGAAACUAUGCAGACCAGAUCGCUCAAGCACUUGCUGAUUCAAACAAAGGGGAUUCAAACGGUGGACGAGAUGACUUGUUUAAUUGCAUUGGCGGAUCGAGUGGUGUGAUUAAAUUUGAGUCUAUCUGUAGCAAUGGAUGUGCUACUGAGCCUGCUGGUGUCAGCGACAAAUGCAACUGAUGUUUAUCUCUGGACUUUCGAAGGGGUGAGGUGGCAGAUAGAUGUGAAGCGCGCGGGAGAGGGUGUGCUGAUUAGGAGAAAAGAGGGAGGAAUUAGAAAACAAGGGCAC